CGGGGUGGGGGAGCCGCGGCCGCCGGCGCCUGCUCCGUCCCCUCCCACUCGCACAGCCCCUUCCUCCCGGCGCUGCCGGCCGCUCGCGUUUCCUGCCGCUCUGGCUCUCCCGGCCCCUCCAAGUUCUGCCCAACUUUUUCUCCGCCGAGCGGGCCAGGGGCGCAGUCUCGGGGGCAGGUUGUUGCGCUCUGGGGCUCGGCCGCCUCCUCUCCGGGCUCAGGUCCUCGGGCAGCCGCAGGCACGAGGUGGCCGCCGGCGGCCCUUCCCCUCCCACCUCGCCCGGCCUCCCCUGCCGGCCCCCUCGGGCGGGACAGCCCCGCGCUCAGGUUUUUCUCCUUCUCCCUCCCCGGUGCGCCCCUGCGCCAACGCUCGCGCCGGGAUCGCGGCGGAAACCUCCCUCCCCUUGCGCCUCCUCCGGCUUCUUCCCUCCGCCCCUCCUCCGCCAGCCACUGGAGUCAAUUCCGUGGGGAACCGGGGCUCCGCCGCUGCGGAGGACAGCCUUUCCGCGCGGGACUGCGGGGCGCGGCGGGGGCAUGUGAGCAGCUGUCUUCCAGAGGACCACACUGGGCAUGGACACCUUUUUCCAUACCUGGAGAAGCACGGGUGGUAGCAUAGUCAUCCGGUCACGAAGCUGCUAAGGCCAUCCCAGGCAGGGGCGCCAGGAGAGGAGGGCAGCGUGCAAGGCCACAUAGCCAUGCCUUUCGGUCUGAAGCUCCGCCGGACACGGCGCUACAACGUCCUGAGCAAGAACUGCUUUGUCACCCGGAUCCGCCUGUUGGACAGCAAUGUUAUCGAGUGCACACUGUCGGUGGAAAGCACGGGGCAGGAGUGCCUGGAGGCUGUGGCCCAGAGGCUGGAGUUGCGUGAGACGCACUACUUUGGCCUUUGGUUUCUCAGCAAGAGCCAGCAAGCACGAUGGGUGGAGCUGGAGAAGCCUCUCAAGAAACAUCUGGACAAAUUCGCUAAUGAGCCUCUGCUUUUCUUUGGAGUCAUGUUCUAUGUGCCAAAUGUGUCUUGGCUUCGGCAAGAGGCCACAAGAUAUCAGUAUUACCUGCAAGUCAAAAAAGACGUGCUUGAGGGGCGAUUACGGUGUACGUUGGAACAGGUGAUUCGGCUAGCCGGCUUAGCUGUGCAAGCUGAUUUUGGAGAUUAUAAUCAAUUUGAUUCUCAAGAUUUUCUCAGAGAAUAUGUGCUAUUUCCUAUGGACCUGGCCCUGGAGGAGGCUGUUCUGGAGGAACUGACCCAGAAGGUAGCCCAAGAACACAAAGCCCACAGUGGAAUCCUGCCAGCAGAAGCUGAGCUUAUGUACAUCAAUGAAGUGGAGCGUUUGGAUGGAUUUGGACAAGAGAUUUUCCCUGUGAAGGACAAUCAUGGAAACAGUGUGCACCUUGGCAUUUUCUUUAUGGGCAUUUUCGUGAGGAACAGAAUUGGAAGACAAGCAGUAAUAUACAGGUGGAACGACAUUGGGAAUAUCACUCACAACAAGUCGACGAUUCUGGUGGAGCUCAUCAACAAAGAAGAGACCGCCCUCUUUCACACGGAUGAUAUCGAAAAUGCCAAGUAUAUUUCUCGGUUGUUUUCUACAAGGCACAAGUUUUACAAACAAAACAAAAUCUGCACUGAACAAUCAAAUUCUCCACCCCCCAUCAGACGGCAACCCACCUGGAGCCGGUCCUCUCUGCCCAGGCAGCAGCUGUGCAUUCUGCCACCCAUGCACGUCCAGUGUGGCGAGCACUACUCGGAGACACACACUUCACAAGACAGCAUUUUCCAUGGGAACGAAGAGGCCUUCUAUUGCAACUCUCACAACAGCCUGGAUUUGAAUUAUUUAAAUGGCACUGUCACCAAUGGCAGCGUAUGCAGCGUUCACAGCGUCAACUCACUCAACUGCUCGCAAAGUUUCAUCCAGGCUUCUCCCAUGUCCUCCAACCUCAGUAUCCCUGGAAGUGACAUCAUGCGGGCCGACUACAUACCUAGCCACCGGCACAGUGCAAUCAUCGUGCCAUCUUACAGGCCAACCCCCGAUUACGAGACAGUCAUGCGGCAGAUGAAGAGGGGGAUCCUGCAUACAGACAGCCAGAGCCAGUCCCUGCGGAACCUCAACAUCAUCAACACCCACGCCUACAACCAGCCGGAGGAUCUGGUGUACAGCCAACCGGAGAUGCGGGAGAGACACCCCUACACUGUCCCCUAUGGGCCACCAGGGGGCUAUGGUAACAAACUUGUCAGUCCAUCUGACCAGAUGAAUCCGAAGAAUAACACAGUACCGAGCAAGCCAGGGACAAGUGCCAUCUCGCACACGGUGAGCACCCCGGAGCUGGCCAACAUGCAGCUCCAAGGCUCCCACAACUACAGCACAGCCCACAUGCUCAAGAACUAUCUCUUCAGGCCGCCGCCCCCCUACCCCCGGCCCCGCCCUGCCACCAGCACCCCAGACCUUGCCAGCCAUCGCCAUCAGUAUGUCAGCGGCAGCAGCCCGGACCUGGUGACCCGGAAGGUGCAGCUGUCAGUGAAGACCUUCCAGGAGGACAGCUCCCCGGUGGUGCACCAGUCUCUCCAGGAGGUGAGCGAGCCCCUGACGGCCACCAAGCACCACGGCACGGUGAACAAGCGCCACAGCCUGGAAGUGAUGAACAGCAUGGUGCGGGGCAUGGAGGCCAUGACGCUCAAGUCGCUGCACCUGCCCAUGGUGCGCCACAACACCCUCCGGGAGCAGGGCCCACCCGCCGAGGGCCCUGGUGGCCACGAGGCCCGCCAGCUGCCGCAGUACCGCCACCAGAAGACGUUCUCUGAUGCCACCAUGCUCAUCCACAGCAGUGAGAGUGAGGAGGAGGAGGAGGCCCCUGAGGCAGUGCCGCAGAUCCCCGCACUCCGGGAGAAGAUGGAGUACAGCGCCCAGCUGCAGGCGGCCCUGGCCCGGAUCCCCAACAAACCCCCACCCGAGUACCCGGGACCUAGGAAGAGCGUCAGCAAUGGGGCGCUGAGGCCAGACCAGGUCAGCCUGCCCCCCGCCGUGGCCAGAGCCAGGGUGCUGAGGCCUGGGCCCGCCAAGGCCAUCAGCGUGUCCCGGCCCGACCAGCUGGCUGUCAACGGGGCCUCCCUCGGUCCUUCCAUCUCUGAACCUGACCUGACGAGCGUGAAGGAGAGGGUCAAGAAGGAGCCUGUGAAGGAAAGACCUGUGUCUGAGAUGUUCUCCCUGGAGGACAGCAUCAUAGAAAGGGAGAUGCUGCUGAGGAAUCUAGAGAAGCAGAAGAUGGCAGGUCUGGAGGCACAGAAGAGGCCGCUGAUGUUGGCAGCAUUGAAUGGGCUCUCAGUGGCACGGGUCUCGGGGCGGGAAGAGAGUCGAGUUGAUGCCACCCGGAUUCCCAUGGACGAGAGGUUCAGAGCCUUGAAGAAGAAGCUAGAAGAGGGUAUGGUGUUCACAGAAUAUGAGCAAAUUCCAAAGAAAAAGGCAAAUGGCAUUUUCAGCACAGCGGCUCUUCCAGAAAAUGCUGAGCGCAGCCGAAUCCGCGAGGUGGUCCCCUAUGAGGAGAAUCGAGUGGAGCUGAUACCAACCAAAGAAAACAAUACAGGAUACAUUAAUGCCUCCCACAUCAAGGUGGUGGUUGGUGGGGCAGAAUGGCACUACAUAGCCACUCAGGGGCCCCUGCCACACACGUGCCACGACUUCUGGCAGAUGGUGUGGGAGCAGGGCGUGAACGUGAUUGCCAUGGUCACUGCAGAAGAGGAGGGUGGACGAACCAAAAGCCACCGAUAUUGGCCCAAACUGGGUUCCAAACACAGCUCGGCCACCUAUGGCAAGUUCAAGGUCACCACCAAGUUCCGAACCGAUUCUGGUUGCUAUGCAACCACAGGCUUGAAGGUCAAGCAUCUUUUGUCUGGUCAGGAAAGGACAGUGUGGCAUUUGCAGUAUACCGACUGGCCAGAUCACGGCUGCCCAGAAGAUGUCCAAGGAUUUUUGUCCUACCUGGAGGAGAUCCAGUCAGUCCGUCGCCAUACCAACAGCAUGCUGGAAGGCACUGAAAACCGGCACCCUCCCAUCGUGGUGCACUGCAGUGCUGGGGUGGGAAGGACCGGCGUGGUCAUUCUUUCUGAACUGAUGAUCUACUGCCUGGAGCAUAACGAAAAGGUGGAAGUGCCGAUGAUGCUGAGGCUACUCAGGGAGCAAAGGAUGUUCAUGAUCCAGACCAUUGCUCAGUACAAGUUUGUCUAUCAAGUCCUCAUCCAGUUCCUCCAAAACUCCAGACUCAUUUAAUCUUCCCAAUCCAGCUCCUGGAGGAGGGACCCCGCUCCAAUGUGCAGAUGGAGAGUUACCUCCAGACAACAUCUGCUCCCCCAGCGGGGACAGAUAGCUGGCAGCAGGCAGGCCACAGGCUCUCUGAAGACGGGAGUCAAGAUUACUUAUAAGCAACAUGUAUUAUUUUAUAUGAGAUAAUUUAUUUUUUCCCCUUUGGAAUAACUUUUGUGAAUUAUUAUAAUACAGUUUUCACAUUAUUAUAGUACGUUUCAUUUGAACUGUAUUUGGACUGAUCUGCAUUGUAAUACGUCAGUAGGGUAUGUUGCCCUGGUGGAUUGUUUUGGGGACAGAGGCAUAAGGGAAGACAUCUCUAGUGAAGUUGCAGCCAGAUUUGUAACCAGCCCUGAAAUUCAUCAGCUUAAUUGCUCAUGUUCAAAUCAAAGAUGGCAGGAAAAUGAAUUCAUCCUGAAAUAUAGAGAAAGGGCCGAGACCCUUUUCUUGAAAAAACACUUUUCUCUUACAUUUGGGGGUUCAUGAGCCUUGACAGUCGGUUUCCUCCCUUCUUUAUUCCAGUCCUGAUCCUUAGUAAUCUCUUUCUCCCUCUUCCCCACAAGCUUGAAUUAAAGACAGGAACAGCAAGAGAAAAUGCUCCCUUUACAGUAAUUGCCAUCUUUCGGGCCUGAAUGGGGAGCUGUGUGCUGUAUCUUUCUUGGCCACCCCUCUUCCUUCUGGGCUCUGGGGUCUGUGUCUCCCUGCUGGGGACUGCACCUUGGCUGUUUGCUGCUUCUCACCAUUUGCCCAGCAGGCUCCCGUCUGGUGGCCUUGAGGCUCUGGCCAGGCCACCUGUGCAGCAAUGCCUCGUGCCUGAUUGAGAGGGGUUAAUGGACCAGCGUGGGAAGAGAAAGGAGCUGGGCAGGGCCUCGAUACUGUUUCUUACUUAAAUGUGAUGUGUCUGCUGGACGGGAACCUGCAGGUGGAGGUGCUGGGGUGCUCAGUCUUUCUGUCAGUCACUGAGUCAUUUGAAAGGUUAUAAAGGAGACAGUUGGGGAAGCUGAUUUAUGGGAGCUAUUUGGCACGUAGGUAGCAAGGGCCCUGGGCGGGAGCCACACAAAGUGUGACUCCACUAUGCCAGGAUCAUCUCCAGGCGUUGGCCUGCAAGCGUGGAAGUCCAAAUCCUGGCCCACUUGAUGAAAGGUGGUAGAAUUUGUCUUUCACAGAGUCCUUUGCUGCACUCCUUUUCACCGUGUAACCCACUCUCGGGUCAGUUAUGGUAUUAACUACCCUCAGUUGGAAGCUCUCAGUCUUGAGUUUCUUCCUCAUGAUUUUGUUGUCAGUGUCCUUCUGAGUUUCUCAGGUUAGUACACAAGUCACGUUCCACACCCUUUUCCUCUCAUUCAGUUUUGAGAGAUUUUCUUUUCUGCGUCUAGUUUUUCUGGAAUACAAUGUUCAUGCGCAUCUGUGGGUGCAUGGUGACAGGAGGUCACAGGAGCACGUUCCUUCUGGUAGACUUGAUGCCAUGUUUUCUUUGUGUUUUCGGCUCGGGAGAAAAACGUAGUGAUGGAGGACUGGCUAUGGAACUCUUGAAAUUCUAAGAACAAAACCACAUUUGUUUUCCUUUCUGUGUCUCGUGUUUCUUGAAUAUAAUUUUUAGUUACAGUUGUGUUCUUAGAAUUGACCACUGCAGGUGUUCUGUGUUCCUUCCGCCGUUGCCACCCUUUUUCCCUGAGCUGAGAAGACAAAGCAUGGUCAAGGAACAUGCCUCUGUGACCUCCUGUCACCACGCACCAACAGAUGCAUGUGAAAGCAGAUUCCUCAUUAACUCCUUCGGAUGCUGAAUCAGCCCAGUUUCACAUCUGGCCAGGUGUUGCAGUGGUUGUACUCUGUAUUUAGACUCAGAAUAUCUGGUGAUGGAGGGCUCUCUCUUCUCCAAGGUCUGAAGAAUCAGUUAAAGAGUAUAACUUCAACUGAGCUUGGUAGGUUCCAGAAUUUUGGUGUGUGACCUGAAAAGAAAACCAUUAAUUGGAUAGAGCGCCACCUUAUAACACCAGUCAUGGGUUCAGAUCGCCAUAACGGCUAGUCGUCAAAAAAAAGAAGGAAAACCAUUAGUGUCACAUGUAUUUAUUUUCAAUGGAACAGAGCUCAUAACCCUUACUAAAUUCAUCAAUAGUCAAAAAGGUAUUUGUUUCCUUUCCUUAGAGAUUUUUUAUCCUUGGGAUUUUCUACUAUUAGGGAUGUUUAAACAGUUGAUCUCAGUGAGUGGUUUAUUGUAUGAUGAACAACAAUAUUUAUCUUUCAUCUCUAAGCCCCGGAGUGAGUACUGUUAAAAUGUGUCCUGUGGACAGCAUGUCGAUCUGGAGUCUCUUCGAGAUCAUUACUCAUGGGCUUCCUUUAAACCCAUCCACUGUUGCCACUGCAUGCCAUGGGAAUAUUUGUUAAUGCCCAAAAUGCAGGAGGAAGUUAAUACUCAGCUUCCUAGCCAAAGUGUAUAUUGAAACCCAAAGGAAAACAUUUAAAAGCUAUUCCACACGUUUCAUUUUUGAAAGCAAAUGCUUUUGGUUCUUUAGCACAUUUUGCGUUCCUUUUCAAAUCUCCAGCAAAUGCCAACACAUCUCCUGUUAAAUUAGCAGCAGCCAUUGAAAGUCCUUUCAGUGACAUCUGCAUAAUAAUUACCCAGAGAUGCUUUAUAUCUGGGAAGCAUGCCAAGGAAUAAACCUUGAAGCAAAGUGUAUUAAAUUAGUUAUCUAGUUAGAGCUUUUGGAAUGAUUUCCUGAUGAUGUAUCAAGUCUGAAGCUAGUGCUGUCAGGGUCUGUUGGUGCAGUUUGCAUGUGAAGGGAGAAAUUUAAAAAUGGAAAAAAAAAAGAUGCCUCUCACAACAAAGCCAUCAGACAUUUUCUGCCCUGUGGUUUUGAAAUUUUCCAUUCAAAAUGUUUUGUUUCAUUGCACUCAGUUGGAUACACUGACCCAGUGUGUCCACCCUUGUUUCCUGUAGUCCCUGGAUCAUGGAGGCUGAAUUUGGUGUCUUCAUCCUUGAGACAUGAGCUGAGCCUGCUGGCAAAGCUGGGGAGUGCCCUGCUGAGUUUUGUGGUUUCACUGGGUGCUAGCGAGAUACCACCUCUUAGUAAGUCUCUGGUAGUGUUUACAUGUAUACACCUCUUUCCCCGGAUAGGCAGUAAGGGAGGAUUUAGUUGCAUUAGGGAGGGAUGUCAAACAUUGAUCUCUAUAUGAGAGUAAAGAAGUGGUGAACAAGAUCAGGUAAGGUGGAAACAUCUCCACAUGGACUAUUUUGAGUAAUAAACUUUUAAGGAGCUUAAAUUUACUUUUAUAAUCUUUGUGGUUCUGGAUUGAUUAUAAUUAAAUGGUUCUUGUUGCCCUAAGAGUCACUGGCUGUCCCUGACCCCCUCCUGUCUCCUCCUGGAUGGAGGAUCUUUGUAGACUGCUGGAGUUGGAGCCUGUGGCACUCGGCCACCAGCUAAUCUUUACUUAACCUUUAUCCUGCUUUCUCUCGGCUUUUGCUUCUCAGGAAUAAACUCCACUGGGUACAGUUGGUCAGCAUUUUUAUCCAGCAGACUACCUUUCUUAUCUUUUCCAGCUUAAUGUAGCUUCAUCUUCUUUCUCAAGACUAAACUAAAAAGUUCCCUGUUAAAAUGCCCAUGAGCCUGGCAUUGAGCAUCUGGGAUCAAUCAGUUUCAUAGGCUGGGUCAUCUGUUGCUGUUUGGUACAGUAGAGCUCCUCCUGUUCAGAGCUUUGCUCAGCCUUCCCAUGGCGAAAAUAAAUGCAAGGACGUUUUGUUGUAAGGCAAGAGGGUGGAGCCGAUAGCCUGAAUGACAGGUCUGCCUGGAAAGUCACUGUUACUUCGGCUACACUUUGAGCCAUCAGGAUCGUUCUUUCCAACAAGUGCCAUAAGCUUGCCCAGAGAGGAGCUAUUAGUGGGGAGAGUAAGAGGAAGGGUUUUUAGAUCAGCCCUGAAGUUGCUGUCAAAAGUUCUUUGAUUGACUGACAAUUGUUUGAACUCUGGCAUGUCCCUCCUAUGCCCUCCCUCCCUUUCUGUAAUGUCAGAGGUAGAAGCUGUGCUGCAGUGUUGGGAUCUGUUUCACCGUGUCUUGUAGUUUUAAACUGUGUCCUCACCUUGGAGGUAGAGCUUGAUGAAUGUCAUGGAUUAUGACCCAUGGCUUAUCAUAUUUGCCUGGACCUGCCGCUCAGGCACAACAUUCCCCCUCGCCUGGUGCUGGUGGCCCUUCCUCUCCCUGUAGCCUUGUUGGCAGAAGGUUCUGCUCGUCCAUGUGGCUCCCAGAGUUAGAAAUCACAGCUUCUGUGCAUCUUGAUUCAGUUUGCCUGCAAUAUCACGAGUGCUACAGAACAAGUCUUGUUUAUAAUCAGGACACAAAAACUGGGAGACAUGAGUAUAGUGGCUGCAGCGUUCCUUUUCUUGUUGGGAGUAUGGGUGGGAUUAUUUCUAACGACACCAUCUUCAUUCCAAGAGCACCUCCUUCACUUAGGGCUGUGCCAACUUUUCACGGCUUUUUAAAAAACUUUGCUUUAUGAAUCAACUCAACAGUAUGAUUUUUCUUUUCUUUACUUACCCUGUUAUUGCAACCCUUACGAAAAGUUAAAUCUAGUCAUAGAGAAUCACUGUCCUAAACCUCUUUAAAAAAUGUAACUGAGAUACCUAACUUUAAUUUUUUAAGAAAGUUUAUAUAGCUUUAAGGAAUAAGAUCUGGCAAAUGAAAAUAACCAGAAUGAAAAUAGCUAGAAAAUCAGCAACCAGGAAGCCUCUCUCACCCACCCCUUGGUGAUGGGAACUCACUCGGUGCUCAAAAACAAAAAUGAAAGAAAAGACAGCAGUCCUGUUUAAAACAAUGAUUGCAGCAGUUCUUAGUAUUUAUUUCAAGGUGAACUGCAUUUGGCCUAGUGAAAUAUGUGUUAAACUGAUUGGUUUCUAGCUUCAUGCUGGACAACAUUCCCUUCAUCAUAUCCUUUUUACAUAGACUGGCCAAUCUGUGAAACAGGUGAAAAACCUCUGGGCUGCCCAGGAACAUUUAUAAGUUGUAUUGUGAGCAAUUUGCAGUUUUCAAGGGAGGGUGGAGUCGGAUACGCUGCUCGUCCAACCUCUAAAUUAUCCUCUUUCUUCCCCAACCUACUCUUUCAGGGAAACGCCAGUGCUAUCUCAUCUGACAAAAGGGUUAAAGGAGAAAGCUGAAAAGCUUGGAUUGGGAUCUCUUUGUGCCUUGGGGUGGAACCUUUUGCUGAAAUCUCAGGAAUGCUGCUUUGAGUUUAGCUGGGGUGGCUCCACACAGGGUUGCCUGGCGUUCUCAGCAUUUCUCAGGGGCCUCCCACUCCUACGACUGCAGUGUUAGCUACUAAAUACCUUCAGCAUAGAACCAAAAUCUGUAAUUCAGAGCCUUUUUUUUUUUUUUUCCAACUUGAACAUUGUACAAUUUUAUUGCAAUUGCCUUUGAACUUUGUUGCCACUGCUUGGAAUCUUAAAAAUCUGUUAACCUUAUCUUUUCAGACGUCAGGUUACUCUUCAUCAGAGAUGAUUUCCUGUAUAUGUCCUUCCUCAACUCACCUGCUUGAGGAUACUUAAAUGGAAAGAAGUUUCCAUGUGCAGAUGACUAUUAAAUUUAUAACCUUAAUGUAACUUGUGUUACAUCAAAUAACAAGCUAAUCUAGUUUGUUUCACUGGACUCUGUUGUGCUACUUAAUUCAGUAUUUUGAUGCUUUCCUUGGUCUGUGUUUUGUAAAAUGUUGCGAAUUUUGGUAUUGUUCAAAACAGUUGACAUUUAAUAGGUUUCAUUUAGAAACGAUGUGUACACAAGUCCCUGACUUAGAAACCAGUUUGUUCUUAAGGUUCUUGGGUCAGCCCACAGAAACCUACUGACUUCCAGCACAGCCAGAAUAUUGGGUUGAGUUUUGUGGGCUGACCUGGAAAUGUAGCCACCACUCAUGUUGUUGCCAUAAGAAAUGCAUUCCAGGUUGGGACUUGGGAUCCUGAGAACACAUUCUCCUCCCCAUGGUGUCCAUUUGCUACCAUGCAAGAUGGAAGCCCAGACUCUUCACUAUCAAACUACAGUUGUAAGGGAGGAGGAGAGCUGAGAAAUUUAUAGGACAUUCCCUAAGUUGGGGAGUGAUUUUAUCACUAUUCAUGUCAACUGUACUUUGGUAUAGACUUCUUAUCAAUUUAAUAAUAUUAAAGGCCUUAAAUAAAACUAUGCAUGCUAUUCUAUGUGCUAUUUUAUAUCAGUAAAUAAGCUUAUGCUUGCCAGUUUUGUACACUAUUACGAGGUGUAUAAAACUGACUUUGACAGUAUUUUUUGCACUGUUUCCUAUCUGUUUUUAUAAAGUCUUAUGUAGACAUUGGUCAUAGUUGACGUUCUCACUGCCCUCGUCAGUGCUGUAAAAUGUUUCAUAUGUGCCUUUAAAAAUGUGAGAUCUUUAUUCUAAUCUUUUUUGUAAAAGAUAUCUAUUGAUUUCCAUAUGCAAUAAACCAUUUUUUUCCAGAGAAACA